UAACAGUAAAAGAUUUAAUUAGCGCUGUUGGUCAAGCUAUUGGAAUGAGUCCAGAAUCGAUGGAGAAGGUUGAUAUGAAUAGAAUGGUGGGUGAUGCUAUUGCUGUUAAGGAAGGGCAACUUGAUAAAGUUGGACAGAAUUAUAUGUUUUUGGAAGGAAUUUGGCCACCCGAACUCAUUCCACUCUUUCAAAGAGACGGCGAUUUUCCCUCAUGGGUAGAUGCAGAUGAACUGAAACGUUUAUCAUUACGACCACCUACAAGUAAUGGAAUUGGGUUAAUUCAAAGACGCGAAGAAUUAGCUCCAAUUUUAUCCUUAUCAACAUAUUCAAAUGGACAAUUACAUCGUUCAUUACAUUCAACAUCUUCAAAUUCUCAAAAUUCAAAAGAAAAGAAGAAUAAUAAAAAGAAAAUGGGGGAGAAAAAGAGAGAAACAACAACGGCAGUUUAUUCAGAUACAGACAAAAAUAAUAAUAAUGGAAAUAAUAAUUGUAAAAUUAGUACAAAAGAUAUGUCUAAUAUUAUACCUUUUAUUUAA